GCAUCCUGCUGCUAUAAUCAGACUCGGGCUGUGCGGGCGGCGUCGCCAUUUCCCUCCUGUGCAGCGGAGUUUAAAGGCGAGUAGCGGCAGCUGAAUGAGCGGAAGCAGCAGUGAUCAGCCGGGGUCCGCCGUGUUUCUUCGGGAUGAGAGGGGCACAGUUUGACCGGAGUGAAGCCAGCUGUCAGCGCCUUCCAGUCAAACACUAACCGGAUACACACAUCACAGCAUUUUGUUUUUGUUGUCGGCAGAUCGUCUUCAUUCCGCCCUCGCCUGGUGCGCGUCUGUCACAGCCCAGUCCAGAUUUGAGACCAUCCAAGGUGGAGACGGGGUCCGACAAAGCAGCGGAGGCGGUGGACAGCUCGGGUUGAUGUUAGAGCCCAUCGAGGUUUCUUACGACAAAUCAACACACCGUUUACCAUUGUAGUAGUAUCUGAUUUUCCCUGAAGUGAGCGAAGAUGUCGGGGCAGAGCAUUACGGACCGGAUCACUGCAGCCCAGCACAGUGUAACGGGAUCCGCUGUGUCCAAAACAGUGUGCAAGGCAACUACACACGAAAUCAUGGGCCCGAAAAAGAAACAUUUGGACUAUUUGAUCCACUGUACAAAUGAGAUGAACGUGAACAUCCCACAGCUGGCCGACUCUCUGUUUGAGCGGACCACGAACACCAGCUGGGUGGUUGUCUUCAAGUCUCUCAUCACCACACACCACCUCAUGGUCUAUGGCAAUGAGCGUUUUGUUCAAUAUCUGGCUUCCAGGAAUACACUAUUCAACCUCAGUAAUUUUCUGGACAAAAGUGGGUUACAAGGAUAUGACAUGUCCACCUUUAUUAGGCGGUAUAGCCGGUACCUGAAUGAGAAAGCAGUUUCAUAUAGACAGGUUGCCUUUGACUUCACAAAAGUUAAAAGGGGGGUGGACGGUGUAAUGAGAACCAUGAAUACAGAGAAGCUGCUCAAGACAAUUCCCAUUAUUCAAAACCAAAUGGAUGCACUCCUUGAUUUCAAUGUCAAUGCCAAUGAGUUGACUAAUGGAGUGAUCAAUGCAGCCUUCAUGCUCCUCUUCAAAGACUCCAUCCGGCUCUUUGCAGCUUACAACGAAGGCAUCAUAAACCUGCUGGAAAAAUACUUUGACAUGAAGAAAACUCAGUGUAAAGAAGGACUAGAUAUUUAUAAGAAGUUUCUCACUCGAAUGACCAGAAUAUCGGAAUUCCUCAAAGUAGCUGAGCAAGUAGGCAUUGAUCGAGGUGAUAUUCCUGAUCUCUCACAGGCUCCUAGUAGCCUAUUGGAAGCUCUGGAACAGCACCUGGCAUCUUUAGAAGGAAAGAAGGUGAAAGACUCCACUGCUGCCAGCAGGGCUAGCACUCUGUCAAACGCUGUCUCAUCACUGGCCAGCACGGGUAUGUCUUUCACAAAAGUUGAUGAGCGCGAGAAGCAGGCAGCAUUGGAGGAGGAGCAAGCGCGACUUAAGGCUCUGAAGGAGCAGCGACUUAAAGAACUUUCCAAGAGGCCAUCGUUUUCUACGACAGACACAUCACCAGUCUCCACCACCGGGGGCACUAUUAGCACAGCACCAGCCAUAGACCUCUUCUCUACACCCAGCUGCUCUAAUGGAGCGGUGAAGAUGGACAGUGACCUUUUCGACUUGCCAUCAUCCUUCCAGGCCUCAGUGCAGUCAGGCUCUGGGGGGCUUCCAGCAGCGUCUGCAUGGGCUGAUCCUUUCACCUCUGCAGAAGCUGGAGAUGAGUCCAUGCCAAACCUUAACCCUUUCCUCUCCAAACUCGUUGUCGAUGCCUCUCACUUACCUGUUGUGUCCUCCGACGGUGUUAGCUUUUCCUCUAGGACGUCUGCUCAUGAAAUGUUUGGUGAUCGUUACAAUCCCUUUAUUGACACAAACUCAACAGCCAAUAACAAACGCACAGUGCGGAUAGAGCACUCCGUCUCAGACUCCUUCUGUGGCCCAGUAUCUAUUGCCCAGCACCUCCCACAUCAAGCUCCCUUCCCCACAGAGCCCUCCACAGUAACAGGUCUAUUCAAAGGAUACGCUCCACCGCAUGCCCCCCAACAGCCAGCAGGGGGACUUCAUGUUGACUUUGAGUCUGUUUUCGGAACAAAAGCCACUGAUGACAUUACUGGGGGCAUUCUGAAACCCACUCUUGCUGGCUCCAACCAGCCGUCCAAUCAACAGCCAGAGAAGCUGGUCUCAGAUGACCUUGACUCUUCAUUGGCUAACCUUGUUGGCAAUUUGGGUAUUGGCAACGGCACAAUGAAAAAUGACAUCCACUGGAGCCAGCCUGGAGAGAAGAGGAUGACCGGUGGCACUAACUGGCAACCCAAAGCAGCACCCACUACAACCUGGAACCCUGUUUCUAUGCCGCCGUCAGUCAUGGCCUUUCCCGCCACUACACCCACAGGCAUGAUGGGAUAUGGCAUGCCUCCACAAAUGGGCUCAAUGGGAAUAAUGAAUCCACCCACGAUGAUGUACAGCCAGCCCGUAAUGCGGCCACCCAACCCCUUCGGCUCUGUGUCUAGUGCUCAGCCCUCCGCAGCCUCUAGUCCUUCCAGCCAGAGUCCUCUCCGCGCCCCUGGACAGGACCCAUUUGCACACCUCUCUCUCAAGGAUUUCUUGUAGAGGAUCUGUUUAGAUGCAGUUCAUGUGAGUUUGAAGACGUGUUUCUCUGAGGGUGAAGCUAAGCUGAUGUCCUGGUCCUGCAGAGAAACAGGCCCAAACACAGACAUGUCAGGAACACAAUGGUGCAACGACUGUCCGAAACCAUGGUAAUCAUGUCCCAGUGACGUUUGGCGAAAGCUCACGCCCAUUCUUCUGUAACUCGUCCAAGAUGUCAAGUGACUACCCACCCCCCGAGGAUCCCUGACCAAUUUUAACGGUGUAACCUGGAAAAUACAUUUGAGUGCCGAUAAACUUUAAGUACUUGGAAAUGCUGUGGUUGGAUGUGGAGUACGUGAUCUGAGGGGCAGAAGCGGGCAGCGAACUGUGAAAGACGAGCAGGGUAUUUCCUUGAUGCAUUCAUCCUUUCACUUUAAUUGUCACAAAGUAGUGAUGCUACUGACGUUUACACCUGUUUAGUUUUUUGUUCUUUUUUACUGUGUUCACGUAGACAUUCCUUGUGUGCUGGUUGUAUUUAUUUAUGAUUGUCUGGGUAAAAAUAUUGUCACUGAACACCUGUGUGAGGGAUUCAGCAUCAAACAAGGAUCUCAGUGAGAGGUAGAGUAAAAAUAAUGAUAUAAUUAAAGUACACCUAAUAAGCGGAUGAUAGAGCACUAAAUAUUCUCCAGUUUUGUGUUUUGUAAAGUUUUCCUAGACGAGAGAUUUCACAGUCUCCUUUGUACUUAAAGUUCAAGGGUUAGAGUAAGAGUAACUUGUAUGUAGUCAAUUCUGUGCCUAGGGUUUUGAUCAAUCAACCACUUUUUAUCCACCAACCGGACAUGUCGCAUUUGGAGUGGGCUCCAUCUGCUUUGAACUCGGAAUGCCAUUGACUCACUGACUGAAUAUUUAAGGCUGCCUUUUCUCUGAAUGUGAAAGAGUUGUCUUCAUGUUGCACACAUCUUUCCAUGCUACAGUCACACAGUAGUGAGAGUGUGCUAGUUGCUGCAUUUACAGGAAAGGCUGAUAGAUUAGAUGUAAAAUAAUUGUAUAAAAGAUCCAGAGUGGAUUUGAGAAGCACUGUUGAUCGGUGCUAUAUGUAUAUAAAAUUGUUGUUUAAGUGCAAAGUGAAAGAUGUAUGAAAUAUGAAAGCAAUUCAAUCAAAUUUAACUCUUCCUAAAUUUAUUUGAGAAUAUCUUCUGCGUUUGUUGCUGCAGAUAAUGUUCUUUAUGUAAUUAAAAUCUGUAGCAGACAAUAAAGUCGUUUCUUUCUUUUACAAAUAAAGAGCAGCUUCCACAAACA